AUGUCAUACACAAGUAAUACGAUAAAAUGUAAAGCUGCAGUUGCUUGGGGACCAAAGAAGCCACUGAAAAUCGAAGAAAUCGAAGUUGCACCACCUAAAGAAGGAGAAUUACGAAUAAAAAUUCUGUACUCAUCCAUAUGUCAUACCGAUGCCUUUACAUUAGGAGGUGACGAUCCUGAGGGGGUAUUUCCAUGUAUUCUUGGUCAUGAAGGUUCUGGUAUUGUGGAAAGCGUUGGGGAUGGUGUAACACAUGUAAAACCAGGUGACCAUGUUAUACCGUUAUAUAUACCGCAAUGUAAAUCAUGUGAAUACUGUCUCAAUCCCAAAACUAAUUUGUGUCAGAGAAUACGACUAACACAAGGACAAGGUUUGAUGCCUGAUAGGACAACUCGUUUUUCACAAAACGGUAAGGCAUUAUAUCACUUCAUGGGAUGCAGUACAUUUAGUGAAUAUACGGUGGUGUCGGGAUAUUCUGUUGCAAAGGUAUCUAACGAUGCUCCUCUAGAUAAAAUUUGUCUACUUGGCUGCGGUGUUUCAACCGGUUAUGGUGCUGUAAUAAACAACUGCAAAGUAGAAUCGGGUAGUUCGGUUGCUGUUUGGGGACUUGGUACUGUUGGAUUAGCAGUUAUAAUGGGAUGUAAAAUUGCUGGUGCCAGGUUGAUUGUGGCAAUCGAUACCAAUGAAAAAAGGUUCGAUAAAGCUGUAGAAUUUGGAGCAGAUGAGUGCAUUAACCCUCAAAAUAUCUCUACGGAACAGGCUUUACAAGCAUUUCUUGUAGAGAGAUACAAUGGUGGUUUCGACUACACUUUUGAAUGUGUUGGACAGGUUGAAACAAUGCGUCAAGCUUUGGAAUCAGCCCAUAAAGGCUGGGGUGUGUCAUGCAUCAUUGGUGUUGCAGCAUCUGGAAAGGAAAUAUCAACUCGUCCGUUCCAGUUAAUUACUGGUCGUACGUGGAAGGGAUCAGCUUUUGGAGGAUGGAAAAGUGCUGACAAUGUUCCAAAACUAGUUGAUAAGUACCUGCAAGGUACGAUAAAAUUGGACGAAUUCAUUACAGGUCAAUACAGUCUGGAAGAAAUCAAUAAAGGCUUUCAAUCGUUGCACAGUGGAGAAAGGUCUUCUGCGUUCGAUUAUUAA